UUUUCCAAUUUACCCAGAAAGCAAAGCAUAUUCUCUCUCUCUCUAGACUUCUGUAGACCGUGUUUGGUCCUUCUUCAUUCAAAACCUUUCAAAGUUUUUCUCCCAAAGGAAGAUUCAAUCAGAUUUACAGUUUCCGUAUCUUUCCGAGAACUCAAUCUGUAGAAACUUCAGCCAAUUAAUUACAGGCAACCAUGGCGACACCUGAAAUUUUGCAGACGGAGCAAGAUCUUCUUAUGUACACCUCCCUCUUCAACAAUCCCAAAGGUGCAAAUGUGAAAUCUCGAGGAAUUGAAAUUGAGAAGAAGAUUGAGAUUCUAGAAGGAUUGGCUGGAACAGUUAGUAACCGAAGAACUCGUAGAUGGGUAAACGAUCGCUUGUUAAUGGAGCUCGUUCCUCGUUUGAAUGCCGAGGAAAUUAGAGGACUCUUUGCCCCACCACCUUGGGGUGAUGAGGUGCCUCCUUCGACUUUUUCAAUGACGAAUAUGGAGGAGUGGGAUAAUUUCAGAACUAUAGACAUGGACAAGGAGGCAUCUAUUAUAAGAAGUCAUGAAAAAUCGUCAACGAAGGGGAGAGAUCGACUAGAUGCAGAUAAAGUUGCUGCAGUGACUGCUUGGCACAGGGUAGAUAGUAGAACUCGAGAGGCACUUCGUCGUUGUUAUCUUUCUGACUUGAUCAAUAGCUUCGAGGAAUGCGUACGAUCAUUUGUCGAGGGCAACGAGGAUGCAGAUGUUCUGGUGCUGCAUGUUCAAGAUCCUUUCAAUCGCUUACUAUUGCAUGGCGUUUGUGAGUUCUAUAAUCUGGUUUCGACUACAGUUGACCAGUCAAAAGGAAGUGAAACAUUGAAGAUGACGAGGAUAAGGAAGAAGAAGCAGUUGGGUUCUUCGGAUCUACCGAAAAUCACGCUAUGCAACUUUCUGAAAAUGGCGAAAGAAGGAUUCUGGUGAUCCAUAUUGCUAUGUUUGUAUCAAUGUGUACUAUUGAAAAAAACAACCUGUGCAUUUAGUUUACUUAACCGUGGUUAGUUUCGUUGGAUGUAUCGGCAAUUACUGUCUGUUUUUUUAACCAUUGUUAAUAAUUUGCUUUUACUGACCCAAAGAUAGGUAGAAUUUGCUGUGUAGAAAUGCCUCAUUUCUUCAGACAGGCAAAAAUAUUAGAUGGUAUCUGGGCUCUGAAGCAUUCAGAAUAUUAAUGGUUAAGGUUUUCUUUGUAAUUAUAUUUCAGAUUUACAGUUA